AUGACCUUAAACGAAUCUGGUGUCUGGGCCAUGGCCCUGAACGGGUCAAUGUGCGAUGUGACCAUGUCUCCCAUGUUCUCGGGCAUUUGCCUGCUCUUGGAGUUGAAGCCCUUUUUCAUUCUGCUCUACGCGGUGCUGGUGAUUGUGGCAUGUGGCGGUAACCUCCUCCUCCUGGCUCACAUCGCUACCACCAAGAAGCUCCACACCACCACCAACUUCCUCAUCGGCAACCUGGCCGCCUCUGACCUGGUGAUGUGUAUCUUCUGCGUCCCGAUGACGGCUUCCUACGCGUUCGAGAGCCAGGGCUGGCUCUUUGGGAUCUUCAUGUGCUACUUUAUAAAGCUGAUGCAGUCCACCACCGUCUUUGUGUCUGUCUUGUCCCUCACUGCCAUUGCCGUGGAUAGAUACGUGGUGGUGGUGUAUCCAAUUCACCGCAGAAUUAGACCGCGUUCCUGUGCCUAUAUCAUCAUAUUAAUCUGGAUGGUCUCCAUUGGCAUCUCGAUGCCAACUCCCCUGCACACCCAAUAUAUGAACAUAAACCAGCUGGGGUUCAAUAUGAUCAUCUGCGAGGAGAUUUGGUACAAAUUGGAGAAGCAAAGUCUGUUGUACUCCUGCACCGUGUUCCUGUUGUUCUACAUGCUCCCACUCUGCGCUGUUUCCAUCUCCUACUGUGCCAUUUCAUGCCAUCUGAAGAAGAGAAAGGUUCCAGGCACUGCCUUGUACAGCCACGAGAAGUGGUCGAGGAAGAAGAGGAGGACCUUUUGCAUGCUCCUUAUCUCCGUCCUCUCCUUUGCACUCUGCUGGAUGCCUCUGCAGACGGUAAACCUGAUAUGGGACAUUGACCAGAACAUCAUAGACAAAACCUAUGUGGAUGUGAUCCAGGUGUCAUGCCACUUGCUCGCCAUGAGUUCUGCCUGUUACAACCCCUUCAUCUAUGCCUCUCUCCACGACAAGUUCCGGCUCCACCUGCGCAACCUGUUGACUCGGAACAAGAAGCAGGGCAGUAGCACCAUGUCCAGUCAAACUUCCCGCUUGAACACCUGCACCUCGCUGGAUGUGCCCACGCUCAUCGACAGCAACCUGAAGAGGAAGUUCCCUCUGCAAUGGAGCGCCUGA